UUGCGCAUUGCCCUUUCCCGCGCGGCGGCAGCAGCUCCAGGCCUCCCCGGCGGGUGCGGAGCUCGGUGCGGGCGAGUGAACCCCUUUCCUCCCGCAAAGAUGGCCUCAGCCGCAGCAGCUGGACCCCCGGCGGUCAAGAUUGGAAUUAUUGGUGGAACAGGCCUGGAUGAUCCUGAAGUCUUAGAAGGAAGAACUGAAAAAUAUGUUGAGACCCCAUAUGGCAAGCCAUCAGAUGCAUUGAUUUUGGGGAAAAUAAAAAAUGUCGACUGUGUCCUUCUUGCAAGACAUGGGAGGCAGCACACUAUUAUGCCAUCACAAGUCAAUUUCCGAGCCAACAUCUGGGCCUUAAAGGAGGAGGGCUGCACUCAUAUCGUAGUGACUACUGCAUGUGGCUCGUUAAGAGAGGAAAUUCAACCUGGAGACAUUGUCGUGAUUGACCAGUUUAUUGAUAGGACUACUAAGAGGGAUCAAACUUUCUACGAUGGGUGCCAUUCCUGUUCUGGAGGAGUGUGCCAUAUUCCAAUGGCAGAACCAUUUUGCCCCAAAACUAGAGAGGUUCUCAUAGAGAUUGCCAAGAAACUUGGGCUCAGGUGCCACCCGAAAGGAACAAUGGUGACCAUUGAGGGGCCACGUUUCAGUUCUCGGGCAGAAAGUUUGAUGUUCCGCAACUGGGGGGCAGAUGUUAUCAACAUGACCACGGUUCCUGAGGUUGUUCUAGCAAAAGAAGCUGGCAUUUGCUAUGCGAGUAUUGCUAUGGCAACAGACUAUGACUGCUGGAAGGAGCAUGAGGAGGCGGUUUCAGUUGAUAAAGUCAUGAAAAUUUUGAAAGAAAACGCAAAUAAAGCCACCAGCCUGCUUCUUACGGCAGUUCCACAUAUAGGAAGCCUAGAAUGGACAGAAACCGUACAGAACAUGAAGAAUGUGGUCCAGUUCUCGGUUUUGGCUCCAAAACAUUGAAAUGGCCUGGGUGUCCAGAUGAGAUUCAGAAUCUUGAAUCAGAGUCUAGAUUACUCGAAUGAGAGAAUACCACAGUUUUCUGGAAACAAUUAUUUGCUGGGGGCUACUUUUAUCAGGGGUGGGUUGUUACAGUUAAGUUUCUUGGGCGGGGACUUGCCACAUUGAAGAUCUUGGUAUUUCUGCUAAUAUUUUCAGAAAUGGUAAGUUCAGAGAAAGGAAAGAGGUGAAGAACCUGUUUCUUCCACGGCUGAGUUGUAACUGGCCAUUUUAACUCUUUAAGGGGGAGUAGCUAAUUUUAUGAUUACUUCUUGGAAAGUUUUGCUGUUGGAAACUUGAGAUUGUCUUUGCAUAUUCUGUAGCAUUACAGAAGAACAAAGUAACGUAGUUGGAAAGAAUUAUACAAUGGAUGUGUUUAGAAAUUAGGAAAUGAAUGCACAUUGCAGUAGCAUAGGCCAUUUCAGUCUUUGAAUAUUUCACUUUUUUUAAAGUUGCUAGUGCUCAUCUGUAAAGAUUCAUUACUGAUAUUUUGGAUUGGUUGUCUUACUUAUUUUUGUAAAAUAAAAUCAAUUUUCUGUCAUUCACAAA